AUGGUCUCACCACGAGCCAUUGCUGGCAUGUCCUUUUGUAUUCGUCUGUUUAUACUGAUCCUCACCAUAGUGGCAAUGAUUCUGAUUUUGGUAGCACCAGGUGCUUGCUUUUCGCGAUAUCUUAAUGGUCAGCCGAUCAGCAGAGAAAUAUGUCCAGGUCAAAAUAGCAUAUUCCCCAUGAACGCUGACCGUUGGAGUAACGCUUUGCAUUUUCAAGGGCGAGGAGAAAAUGUUUAUGGUCAAGUCGCUCUGAUUGUCGUCUCACUUUUCCUGGCCUUGGUUACGGUAGGAAUCAGUUGUGUUCAUCUAGCCCUUGGGAACAAUCUUACGUACACG